UACUUUCACUUUUUGCCCACGCUGGGGGAACUUUCAGGGCAUUUCAGGGCAAACUUUGUCAUGGUCACACAACUUUGUGAAAUUCCUUAUCAGUGAUUCGUAGAAAAUAAAAACGGUCUAACUCCACCCUGCACACACUCCGUGCUGUAUGACUGAACUGAGCAACACGGACACAGAGACCUGCUGAGACUUCUGAAACUCAAGAUGGAUUCUGGAAACAGGCCAUUUGUACAAAUCCUGUCGGUGGUCGUUUUCCUUCUCUGCGACUGCUCUGCCUUGAAAUCUGAGGGUAGAAACGAUGUGAACUGCAACCUCGUGUCUCGUGAAGGCUGCAACGAAAUCCUGCAUCCUCACAUGUAUUCACCAUCAGUCAACCAGAAAGAUCUGGAUGUGUACGAUUCUCUGUGGGUCAACAAUAAGGACGUCGCCACUCAGACGUGGGAGACACCAUUUAUGCAGCACAUGAAACAUGGCGACCUGCAGUCGGACGACUACGUUAACUUCAUGAUCCAGGACAUCAACUAUCUGGUGAACGUCACAGCCAUGCUGAAGGAGAUGACUAAGAGAGUGAAGGACCCAGAGGACUUGAAGAACUUCUUCCAAGAACAAUACGAGGGCUACAACAGUUUCGCUGAGGCAAUACUUAAACAGUUCAAUCUCAAUGGUGUGUCAGAGAUCAAACCCAUCCCUGCCAUGGAGAAGUACCUCAAGGAUUACAAAGACAUCAUGGACAACGACAAGCCCAUCUUCUUCGCUGUCAGCCUGCUUCCCUGCUACAGACUCUGGCUUUGGCUCGCUAAUGAGCUGGACAUCGGCUACGGCAACGCCUACUUCAUCUGGAAGAUGAACAACAUGUCCGGGCAUCCUGAGAAAUACUACAGGAAGCUGCUGGAUGACAAUUUGAAGACCAAGGAAGAUAUCGAACAUGCCGACAAGAUCUUCCGCCAGCAGAUGCAGAAUGAGCGCGACUUCUUCGCAGCUGCACCAGCAGCUUAGAAAUAAAAUAAGUGCAUGAAUAACUCCAAAGUGAAACCGGAGUUCAAGUGUGAAUGAUUUUCCCAUGUGAGCUCCAUCAGACGACACUGUGACGUCUGAGUCCAGAUGCCAUGUUUUCUCUGCUUGCUCCUGAAUAAAACUGCUGCAUUUUGAA